CUUAAAGGAAAGAAACGAAUUUUGUUCUAGAAAAAGUUUGUACAUACACAGCGUUGUUAGAUAUAUGUUUAUACUUAAAGCGCAUUACGGAUCAAAGCAAAAUAAAAAAGAGGAAAAAUUAAAACUUUAAUAUAACAAAUCAAUUAAACACAAAAUGAAAGGAAAUGAUAAGAAUACUUAAGAAGCACAUAAAGAUAACAAAGAAAUAAAAAAACAACAAAACAAUAGUUUUAAAAAUUAGUAACUGGUAGACGGCUUCUAAAAAGCAGUGCGCCCAAAUGGAACAAAAGCCGGCUUUGUAUGUACCUGUACAAGCGAUCCAUGAAUUGGCUAAGGACGAGGUCGAAGAUUUUCCAGUGACAGCGAGUGAGUUUCUUUCUGGUCGCAAUUUCAGCGCUCCUGCGUAGAGGAUAUAAAUAUCGCUGGCCAAAAUUUCACCAAGUGAAUAUAAAGGAAAGGAUAUUAUGGAUAUAAUGGAAAGUAACCAAAAUCAAGUAUUAUUAUAAGUUUUAAAAAAUCAAUUGAAAUGAUCCGUUUCCUGCACAUUGGAGUUCAAUAUAGUCUAUUUUGUAUCCUUAUAUUUGGCCAGUCGCAUCUAGUUCGAUGUAAACGAAAAGAAAUGCUUGCAAGUCGUCUAGAAAAUGUGACUCAAACAAUUUCAAUGAUACUUCAAGGGUACGAUAUACGCCUCAGACCCAAUUUUGGUCGAGAACCUCUUCAUGUGGGAAUGGACUUAACUAUUGCAAGCUUUGACGCAAUAUCAGAAGUUAAUAUGGAUUAUACAAUAACAAUGUAUCUUAAUCAGUACUGGCGAGAUGAGCGAUUGGCCUUUAACAUUUUUGAACAAAGCAAUGGUGUCGAUUACGAAGAAGCUGGACUGAGUGAUGUUCUUACAUUAUCUGGAGAUUUCACGGAAAAAAUUUGGGUGCCGGAUACCUUUUUUGCAAAUGACAAAAACAGCUUUCUACAUGUUGUUACUGAACGAAACAAGUUGGUACGCUUGGGUGGCGAUGGUUCUGUAACUUAUGGAAUGAGAUUCACAACUACCCUUGCAUGUAUGAUGGACUUACAUUAUUAUCCUUUAGAUUCUCAAAAUUGCACCGUGGAAAUAGAGAGCUAUGGAUAUACAGUAAGCGAUGUUGUAAUGUAUUGGAAACCAAUGCCAGUGAGAGGUGUAGAGGAUGCGGAUUUGCCUCAGUUUACUAUUAUUGGUUAUGAAACAAAUGAUCGUAAAGAACGAUUGGCCACUGGAAUAUACCAACGACUUUCGCUUUCAUUUAAAUUGCAAAGAAAUAUUGGAUAUUUUGUUUUUCAGACCUAUCUUCCUAGCAUUUUGAUCGUGAUGCUUUCGUGGGUCUCAUUUUGGAUUAAUCAUGAAGCCACAAGUGCAAGAGUUGCUCUAGGAAUUACGACUGUGUUAACCAUGACUACAAUCAGUACAGGAGUUCGUAGCUCUUUGCCUCGUAUAUCCUAUGUGAAGGCUAUUGACAUUUACCUUGUCAUGUGUUUCGUAUUUGUCUUUGCAGCUCUUCUUGAAUACGCAGCUGUAAACUAUACUUACUGGGGCAAAAGAGCUAAGAAGAAGAUAAAAACAUUUAAAGAAUUUGAGCGUCGAAGAAUGGGUAUUUUUGGGCUGACCAAAUAA